CCGGCACCGUGCCCUGGGGCACCCUGCUCAGCGCUGGGUCUGGCUGUGAGCUGUGGGUGUGCGGGGCAGGGGCCGAAGUGGAGUGUCCCCGUGCAGCCGUGUGGCACUGGGGUGAGCCCUGCUGGGUGUCGCACGCUUGGCACUCGCCCCUCGAUCCGCGCCCAGGUGGCCACAGCCCUUCCUUCACCUGGGCAGCGGCUCGGUGCCAGCUGCCCGGAGGCAGGAGCUGCCCACCCGGGGGGGGGGAACAGGGCUUUGCCCCGAGCGGCGGAAGAGGAGAAGGGCCGCAGGAAAGGCGGUCACAGGCGGGCGUGAGAUAACGCCGCCGGGCUGCUUUAUCUCACAUCCUCCCGUUAGAUGCUUUUCCUGCCGCGCUCCCCUCCUGGCCCCAGCGCCGCUGGCUUUUUGUCGUUGAGGUGUGACCCGGCCUAACGCCGCAGGAGCGAGCUGGGGAUGGGGAUGGGGCCCGCUGCUCCCGCUGCUCCCCGGCACCCCGCGGCCGCCCGGACGGAGCCACGUCCUGGCCUUGCUGCCGACCUCUCCCUGCCUGGCCCGGGGCUGGGCCACGGCGCUGCACACGUGGCCGCCAGUCGGAAGGGCAGGCUGUCCUGCCGCUGCAGCCCUCCCUUCCCACGUGAAUUGGAGAGCUCCAGGCUGGAACCCGAGUCCUGCAUCGAUCCACACUGCAUCUUAAAUCCCGCAGCAGCUGAAGCAAGCGGUUUUAGUGCAAGGGGUGGGGGUGUUUUUCUCCGCAGGCGAGCUGUCUCCUGUGUCGGGAGCCGUAUGUUUUGUAUCAGAGCCGCAGAGUAUGUCUUUGCACUGAAAUUGUACUGAAGACCUUUGCAGCCGACCCUGGAGGAUACGCCCCGUUCAUGAGCGUUCCCGUUUAAGCUUUCUCCGGUGGCUGGUGUGCUGGUGCUACAAGAAGGGCUUUGGGGGUCUUCUGCUUUGGUUUUGGGGUGCUUUUUUUUUGGUUUGGUUUUGUUGUUCUGCUCCGUGCACCAUGUCGAAUUCGGGCUCCCAUCAAGACACUGGGAACAAGCCAGAGACGGAAAAAAAUAAUCAAGAUGACUCUCAUCCCCCUGUCAACUCCGAAAGGAGGAACAAAAGUGGAAUAAUAAGUGAACCUUUGAACAAAAGUCUUAAGAAGUCCCGUCCACUCUCCCACUAUUCCACCUUUGGUAGCAGCAGCUCGGUAAGCGAACAUUCAGAGAAAGGCAACCCCUUAACUAAUGGCAACGAAGCAACUGUGGAAAAAAGUAAUUCUACCUCAAAGCACAAAAACAUCUCUAGUAUGCUGAGCAAAUUAGACAGGGUGUCAGAAAUCUCCUCAGAAGGACAGAACGCCCUACAACAGUUUGCUCAGUCGACAGAAAUGCUCAAAAGAGUGGUACAGGAGCAUAUUCCUCUAGCAAGCGACCAUGGGACUGGUAUCUCUGAUAUGGAGGCAGUCUCAGCUGCAGAGACAAUGAACAGCCCCUCUGAUUUUCCUUACCUGGGGGCUUUUCCCAUCAACCCAGGCCUUUUCAUUAUGACCCCUGCUGGCGUGUUUCUGGCAGAGAGCGCGCUCCAUAUGGCUGGCUUGGCAGAGUAUCCAAUGCAGAAUGAAUUGGCAUCUGCCAUCAAUUCGGGGAAAAAGAAACGGAAAAGAUGUGGCAUGUGCCCGCCCUGCCGAAGACGGAUAAACUGCGAGCAGUGCAGCAGUUGUAGGAAUCGCAAAACUGGCCACCAGAUUUGCAAAUUCCGAAAAUGUGAAGAACUCAAAAAGAAGCCUUCUGCAGCACUGGAGAAGGUGAUGCUUCCUACAGGAGCCGCGUUCAGAUGGUUUCAGUAGGAACGGGAAUCCCAAAGCUCUGUCAUCCAAGUGCAAUGUCACUGCUUGCUUGUGUUGUCUCAGGCAAGGGAUUUUUGGCUGAAAUGAAUGGAUGCACCUGUGUCUCUUUAGAACCAAAAAUAUUUUCUCGCAAAUUUCAUUCCUGUUUUUAUAAUUUUUUUUUUUUUUUUGCGUUUGUUUAACAUCUUCGAGUCCUAGUCAGACAUUUAACUGCUUUUCAAAUAAAAUAAUUAAAAGAAAAAAACAAUGGAUCUGUAAAGUACCAAGACUUAAUAGACAGAGUAUGGACAAUCAGUUUCUUUCUGUGUUUUGGUGUUGAUGUUGUUUAUGUGUGAAAGAUGCAGUACUUGUGUAGGGAAUGUAAAUUUACAGUAACCUUUUAAAAUCUAGUUACUAAUAAGCACUACUGUAAUUUAGCACAGUUGUUUAAUUGCACCCUCAUUUAUACUUUUUAUUUGAUUAUUUCCCAUCAUACAAUAGAGUGGAUAGUUUCUAGAAUGCCUCAACUUCAUGUUUAUAAAUGAGAAUAUGUUUAAAGCGAUGUAGUAUCCCUUCUCCUAGCCAUUCACGUAUGUAAGUUUAACCAGCAAGAGGUUUGGUAUAAAAGAUGGAAGAAAACAAUUGCUACAAAAAAUGGUGGUCUUUGAAAAAGGAAAAAAAAGAAUAAAAAAAAAAGAAAAAAAUGUCAUUGUUAGUUUAUUAAUAUAGAACAAGAAAUACUGCAUACAGAAAAAAAUCCUAAUUGCAAUGGUUUACUUCUAGAAGUAAUUUUUGUAAACUUACUGAAGUUAAAAUCAAAAUAAAAAUAAUAUUGCAGGACCUGUGCUGAAGCAGUUAUGAAAAGUGAUAUUUCUCUUCUGUUCAAAUCCCCGUCUCUCCAGCUCUCUACAUCAUUAAAUUGAAAUGCUGUUUGUAAUGUUUUAGCGAUCCAGGCUGUUUUUGUGAAUAAAAUGAAUGCAUGUUUUGUGUCAUGA